GGCGAUGAGGUUAUCACUCUUAUUCGGUCCACCUCGGCUUGCAAACUUAUUGUGGCGGAGCAGGAUUUCUUCUUCAACACUUCCAUCUGCUGUGCGGAUACACAUCAAGCCUCUUCAAUCCUCCAUUCUGCCGUAGCUGCUUCAGAAGAUAACGUGUUCGUUCAAGGAGCGUUGAAGGAAAUGAAAGAGGUUGAAGUGGUGCUUGGCGAAGAGUUAGCGAAACAUUUCUCUCUGCAGGUGGACCUUCGCAUUUACGAGGAUUUGAUGGUUAAAUUGGAAAAGGGCGAUGAACACAGAUUGGGCCACUUAGGUAGAGUCUCACUGAAAAGUCCAACAAUGGUUAUGAUCAAUUUUGCCGAUAAUCCUUCAGCCAUCAAAUGGGCGAAAUUAGCAAUUCAGAAGUCCUAUCUCAACGUUACACCGCAACACGAAGGAGUCGUCCUGUAUGUGCCUGUUCCGAGGAUGACCAGGGAAAGGCGGGAGCAACUUGCACGUGAUGCCAAGGGACAGAUUUUGAAUGAGUAUAAACAAGCCUUGAACGAAAUUUAUACACGUUUUGAAAAGAAAUCGGCUCAAUCAACGACAAAAGCUGACGAAGAGCGUCACACUCGUCAGUUGUUGCUUGAUCUCAAGCAUGCCAUGGAAGAGAAAGGCGCGAACCUUAUCGAAACUAAGAGGAAGGAACUUCUCACCGAAAUGUCAUAA